AGAAAGCCACAUCGCCGCCUUUGAUAGGAUUCUACACUGAUAAUGGUUUCAGUGAUCCCUCACUGAUCACUGGAAUGAAGGACUUUGCUGGAAGUUGUUGAAGGAUUCUGACUGCGUGUUUAUAUCCUUCUCAAGGGCGUGAAAAUGGAUAAGAAAUAUCAGCCACUGAGUUUGGUCGUGCUAAUCGUAUUCAUCGGACAUGUUUCAGGAUCAGCCAUUAAACCGCCUAGAAAUGUGGAAGUGCAUAUUUCAGAAGAUGAAGUAACGGUUCGGUGGGAAAAUCCUGAAAAUGCUCCAUCAGAAACAGUGUAUAAUGUCCAAAUGAGAAAGUAUGUCGCAGAACACUGGGAUAAUGUAUCCAGCUGCAUGGGGAUCGCAAGAAACUUCUGCAUCCUUACCGCAGAUAUAAAAAAAAGAAAUGAAUAUCAAGCUGCCUAUCAAGUCAGAGUUCAGCUUGUCAAAGGAGAUCAGCAAUCUGACUGGAAAAGAGGGAAAAGAUUUUUAUUAAAUGAAGGUGAAUUGCAGCCUCCUUCCUUUAGUCUCUGGGCUACUUCCAGCACACUUACAGUCCAUGUCCAUGAAAAACCCAUCUUGAGAGAAAUCUUUCCAUAUGGAGUUGUCUACACAUUGUAUUUGGAGGAAAUUGAUCGAGAAAACAAGAGUACCACAGUUUACCUGGAAGAUGAUGAGGAAGGGAGCAAGAAGAUGUUCACUGGUCUCCAGUGGGGAAAAAAGUACUGCAUCAGCGUCGAAGUCAAAGGCAAAGGUGUUACCAGCAAAAGCAACAUGUCUGCAAAACAGUGCUUGCUCCUCCCAGAGCAAGAAUUUUACAUUAUAGCUGUAUCAUCCUUAUCUAUUCUUGGGACCCUGGUAUUUGUUAUGGUUGCUAUCGGCAUUCUGUUGGUUUACCUAAAACGGCCUGCAAAAACGCCUGUAGUAUUGAAAACCCCUGUGAGUGGCUGGCAGCCACUUUCUGUCACAGAAGGGUCCAUGGAGGUGGUCACGGACAAAGGAUGGUUUAUUUCCAGUUACAGACUGGAGGCAAAACCCGCAGUGAAUCUCCCCGAGACCAGCCUUACAAUAAUAGAGGAUGGCGAGGAGGAGAACAGGAGGACCAGCUUGGACAGUGGGGUCAGCGUAGAGGCGAACUCCGCGGCAGACAACAGAGGACAACGUCAAGAGAGACAAGAGGACAGCGGCUGUGGGAGCAUGGGAGGCCCGGAGAGCUCAGCCCACAGUCACACAGAUUACCCUAUGCAGGAUGAAAGCAUGGAAGCGGAUGAUGUCAGCAAGAGGGAAGACAGUGGGAUGGGUUUGGGCUGCCCACACCAUUCCUCUUUCUUGACACUUGACAGCCAGGACACAAAACCUCUUGUCGAGACAGUCAUUGUUGGGAACUACCGCACCCAGAGGCCGUCUGAGAUGCAGGUUCAAAGCAGAGAUGGUGAGAACAUGUUAAAACAGAUCCCUGCACACUCAGUCAUGGCUGACGUGGUGACAGGAUACAAACCCGGGCCACAGUCCUGUAUCUGUUCACAAACAGGCCAGUGCAGCUGGUGCCACAGACACGGCAGUUAUGGACCCGAAGGAACCAAACUGUGCAGAGCAGUGUGUAUCGAAAACGUGCUCCUUGGUGGGACAACUGACCUGGUGGACUCAAGAGUCGGCAAAACACACAUGGACUCUCUUAUAACAAACUUGGAAGAGUCAUUUUUACAUGUCUCUGACACAUUUCCCCUAUUGAAGUCAAAAUACGAACAGGACAGCAACAUGAACAAUGUAUCCCUCUCCCUCUGUGACGUUCAGCUGGCAACUGACUAAAUGGUGUGGAAUUGCAACACUAUUCAUGCAUCCCUCCUGACGUACACAUCACAUUGAAUAGUUUGGAACGGAAGUGAAUAGAUUGCAAAAUGCUCUGAAGGAUUCAGCUGGUGGGGCGAAACAAAUCAAGUUGCACUCUGGUUUUAACCCAGGCGGGGCAGAAAAAACAAGUUAAACGGCAAAACUACUGACUAUUAACCAUUACUGAUGCCUUUUGAGCUUGUUGGUUGAAGAAGUUCUUCGAACCUGCUUCUCUGGGUGUAUCGUUGACUGACUAAACUGCACAUGCCGGAAAUGAAACCGGUACGAGGAGAACUGUGAAAAAAACAGUUUGACAGCUACCCACUUUAACAUUUCAUUUCACCUCCUCCGUCUGUGACGUGUCGUCUUUCAGGUUCUUUUUUCUUUUAAAUGGAGAACUACUUAUGGUACUCCUCCAGUAUUAAAUGGAGCAGAAAAAGAAGCAUAAAUCAGUUUUUCACUGCGAUCUGAUAUCUAACAGAUCGCUGUUUUUGAUUUAGCCUCUUGUGCCUCAGCAAACAGCCAUUCUUGAGUACAUCCUGUUGAGACUAUGUUGUGUUUCUAAAAAUAAAUGUAUUUAUUUAGUAUUUCA